UGCAAACGUAAACAUGUCGGCGUGGCGCUUCUUUUCAGAGUCACGCUUGAUUGUAGUAUUUCUAUGCUACUCCCACACCUUCGCAUUCAAAGAGGACGUCGGUGAAGCCAACCGUGUUUGUGUUUCAGGCUCACAGGUUGUUCAUGUGAAUUUUGGCGAUGGCGGGAUCUCGCAAUGUGGACUCACGAACUACAUGCCUGAUGGUCACAGCGCACGACAAAAGCGUGAUGAGAAAGCAAAAGACCACGAAAGGAAAUCUCACGCUUCAACGCCUUAUCAAGAUCAUGGAUCUAAGCUAACAUCAGCAGCGGCUAGCACCAAAGUUAAGCCACAGAAGUGUGAUAAUGGAGGGGUACCUCUAAGCAGUCCUUGUGUGAAACCAGCAAAAACCAACAAAAAACACUUCAUUAUUCAUACACCAGAGCGUGACAAGAGUCUUCAUCUCCUGAUUGCACAUGAUGCACAACAGAAAAUUGUAUUGACUGGAAAUAAUGAAAUUGAUAAAAGAGUCG